CUGCAUCCAUUUGAACUUUUGCGUUGUAGCGCUGGGUUUGUGAAGUCAGUUAAUGUCUUCUGAUUUAUCUCUUGGAAGCCGGAACAGACGGAUCGGUUUUUGGCUGAGACGCUUUUUGCACGGUUCUCACUCACAGACGAAAAAAUGUGACAAGCUUAUCCCAUUUUCUGAAAAAGAAGUUGAAUGUCCAGUUUGUCUGUCACCUGCUGAAGAUCCGUUGCAACUAAGUUCGUGUGGUCACUAUGCUUGUGCAGCUUGUUGGAGGAAUUUCAUCUCCAGUCAAAUCGAAAGCUUUGCACUGGCCCAUCUCACAUGCAUAGCAUGUCCUGAAACGUUACAACCAUCAACCGUCAUUCAUCUUUUAUCUUCCGUUUCGAAUCGCCAAGAGUCGUCACAAGAUAGGUCGAAAGAAAAUCAGUAUGCUCGCAGUUUAUCCCGAUAUGAAGAGUUUUUACUCCGACAAGUAAUGUCACGAGAGCCAGAAGCGAGAUGGUGCCCAAGAGGUUGUGGUUACGGAUUAAUAGCACACUCUUUCCAAGCCUGUCCACAAAUCGUCUGUCCUCACCCUAUGUGUGAAGGUCGUUCAUUUUGCUACAAAUGUCAAAGACCUUGGUCCACUGGUACAACAAACGGGAGCUCUUCAGAUCCAAAUUAUACUGUUCAUGUUUGUCCAUCUGAUCAGGAUAUGCGUAGCAAUGCUCUGGAUGGUUUGCGUGCUUUCUUUGGUAUCCGGCGACUUAACAGACAAACAUCUGCUAGGAACUCCAUUCCUAAUGGCUUUCAGCAGAAAAUUACUGAAGAUGCUUCACCAAUAAACUUGAGCACUUCAACCACUACAAGGGAAAAACGUUACCGCUUGCCCAAAGCAUAUCACACUUCCACCGAUUAUACUAAAGGCGCUCGAUUGUCUAUGGAAGAAUUAGUUGGAGAAGUCGACCCUGAAAGUGCUGGUAUCACUACCCCCGAUACAGAGAUAAAACACCCGAUUCCUGAUUCUGAUGUGACUAACUCCUCUCAAUCGUCUCCUAAAGCAGAUAGACGAUCUUCCAUAGACUCAGGUGGUCCAGGUUCUGUUGUGAAACCUUGUCCUAAUUGUAAAACUCUCAUACAAAAGCUGAAUGAUGGAAGUUGUAAUUCCAUGGUAUGCUCAAUUUGUAAUUAUGAGUUUUGUUGGUUAUGCUUACGAGAAACAACAGCUACGCAUUAUUUGAAUUUUUCCGGAUGUACUGUAUUGGGUCGCAGUCGAUGGUCUAAACUCCGUCGUGUUGUAGCGGUUUGUGGCAUAAUGCUAGGUACACCGAUUCUACUUCCACUCACAAUAAUCCUCGCACUUCCAGCCAUAUCAUUUGGGUUCACUGUUUCAAUAGCUAAACAGAUUAAUCAGAUGUUACUCUCAAAAUCGAAACAUUUACGACGAUUUGUUGUAUUCUGGGUUAUUGUUGCUAGUCUCAUUUCAUCCUCAGUAUUGACAGCACUCAGUUUCACUCUUCUAAUCCCCGUUGUUUUGGGUUACGUGUACUUAUAUCUCCCAAUCAAUUUGUUGCGUUCAGUCAUACGAGAUGAAAAUGAAAUCGAAUCAGAACCUACAGAGCUGGAAAGACUUCAGUCAGUAAGCCCUACUUUUAUAAGAGAAUUCAAAACAAAAGAUGCAGAUGAUACGAGAUUCUCGAAUGAAAAUCAUAGUGAAUCGAAUACCGUUGUGAUGGUAAACGAAACAGUAUCGAUAGAAUGUGAUAAGAUUUCUUAAGCUUUUCGACAACACGUGUUUACUAUUUCAGUCUUUCAUAUCCUGACUUUUAUCGAUUCAAAGUGCAACUUCCUCUUGCCUUCACUACAAAAUAUUCAAAUGAGUAAAAUUACAAGCCAACUUGUCUGCCAGUUUCUUGAUAAUAUAUGAGCAGAAGCUGUGAUUUUCUUAUUUUCAACAAGUUCACUCCUAUUUAGUGUGAUCCUUAUUUUCAAAUUUGUUUUAUUUAUAUGUUCUUACAAAUUGUCAAUUUUUGGUUAGAAAAAAAGAACAUUUAUACUGUUGUGA